AUCUGCUUCUAACAUAUGUUUGAAUUUUCAUUUCAACCAAUCAAUGACGACCAUUCUCACAGAAACGACAUUUGUUUCAAAAUGGCGGAAGAUUGCACCGAAAACGAAUAUAACGUAGCAGAAAUUACUAGAUUACAGGCCUUGUUUAGAGGGGUUUUAGUGAGGAAGUGGAUGCAUGAGACAAGAGAGGAGUAUGAUGGAAUUUUCAGCAAAAUUGAAAACAACAGCAGCAGCAUUCACCCCGCAUGGAAAUCCAAAAGACUUUGUAGACCAAUUGUUCAGAAAAAACAAAAGCACAAAACACUUCAAAGGGAUAGUGCUAGCCCAGUGGUAGAAAAAACAAAAGAUUCACAUGAAGUACCCAAAAUACAGGAUGUGGCAUCCCAGCAAACAAUAUUUGUUCAGACAGAGCUUACCAAUGGUGCUAGUUCAAAAUUGAUAGACAUAGAGAAAUCGUGCGAAAAUGAAACUCGAUCAUCAUUUCAAUAUCUUGAACACAAAUUUCUUACAGUGGAAACACAAACCAGUUUUUGUGAACCCAGUUCAUACUCGGAAGAAAAACCCACAAGUGAACAGUGUGUGCAGACAAGGAAGGAGUCAACAGACCAUUGUUUACCUCAGGCCUGGGAACAGACUUUGGAGCCAGAACAAACAGAAAAGAUCAAAACUGUAACAGCAUCUGAAGUCUUUACUGUUGAAGAAGUCAAAGAACAAGCAACGUAUAAAGAUUCAUCCGACCACGAACAAGGAGAAGCGGGAGGUACUGAUGUAAAGGAGUGCUUGUCUGCAAAGCAACCUACAAACCUGACAUCUCCAGGAUUCUCAUCCCACAGUGAAUCUUCUGCACCUACAAAAGGAAUAUCUCCCAGGGGAAAGCAAAACACAGGUGGGACCUCCUGGGGUCUAUCCAAUGAAACAUCAGUAUGGGACAGUUUCCACAGUGUAACAGCUGCACCUCCAGUUAAUAUUCCCAAGGAGCCCCAGUACCCAAAGGAUUAUGAAUCUCUUCAGGACAUGAGGAAAAACAUUGCUAUGGAACUGCUCUGGGUUCAGCAAGCUAUCAACAGUAGAAAAAAUUAUCUGAGACUAAAAGGCCAAAUAUCUGCAUGACUUGGUCGCUCUUUUUGACUGGACAUCCCUAAUACCACAGUUCCAACAUUCCAGAAGACACCCACCUUACAAUUAAUCAUUCAGUACCAUAGUAUCUGUGUACGUGACAGUCCCAGCCAACAGACACUCGCACUUCUACAUGUUGAUUAUAUCUUCAGCAUUUUUAUGCCAGUAACUGUUUACACUAGUUGGUUGGAAAACAAAAAUAGAUGCCAGUUUACUUUUCCAUUUCCUAAGGUAUAAGUGUAACAUUGUCAGCAGACUGGGAAAAGACUGCAUGAUCCCUUUGAUCCAGGAGGUAGCCAAUGAAAUAAAAGUUUCAAAAUUUUCAAUAGAUCUGUACUUUUAUUUGUUUUUAUGUCUGAAUAUUCUGUAACAUGAAAAUAGUGGACAACAGAUAACAAUAAACAUAGCAACACAU